AAUCGCGUGGCUCUGUGGCGUAUGUGUGGAAGUGUCAAGAGCUCACUAUCCUCUCUCGGUGGAAGACCGCGUACGCGCGACAUCUCGCUGACCUUACACACUCAAAAAUCACGUACCAUGGAUGAGUCGAGUAGUUGACGUUUCCUGUAACCUUCUCUUUUUAAGCUUUCUUCCGUCCGAUCAUAUAUCACCUGUCUUUUGGCGUUUUUGACUUCGCGACGCUUUUUUUACCACCUGCAAACCACCAGCGGAAAUCAUGAAGUACAUCAUCGGCAUUGGAGGCGUAACAAAUGGGGGGAAAACCACCCUCACCAACCGGCUGAUCAAGAACCUUCCCAACUGCUGUGUCGUACACCAGGAUGACUUCUUCAAACCCCAAGAUCAGAUUGCAGUUGAAGAUGGCUUUAAGCAGUAUGAUGUCAUUACUGCUCUGGACAUGGACGCCAUGAUGAGUACCAUCUACGCAUGGCUGGAGAACCCGGUGAAGUUUGAGAAGUCUCACGGCGUCAAUAACACCCUGGAUACGGAGAUUCUUCCCAAGUCCGACCAGAAAGAGGAGACUCACAUCCUCAUUGUGGAGGGCUUCCUGCUUUACACUUACCAACCUUUGAUCGACGUGCUGAACCAGCGGUUCUUUAUUUCCAUCCCCUAUGAAGAAUGCAAAAAGAGGAGGUGCUCAAGGAACUACACGGUGCCAGACCCCCCCGGCCUCUUUGACGGCCAUGUCUGGCCCAUGUACUUGAAACACAAGAACAUCAUGGAGAGGACAGGCGUUGAUGUUUUGCAGCUAGAUGGAACCAAGUCAAAGGAACAACUGUUCAACUUUGUCUACGGGACCAUCCUGAAUAAUAUCCAACAUUCUCUUUAAAAAUAAUAACAAAGGUCACUUGAUCAGCUAAAAUGGAGCACGAAUUCAACCCAGCCUGCUUGAAGUCCAGCUCGCCCUAAGUUUCUACCUGGCAGCUUAUGUAGCUGACUGCUGUUAUUUCUAAACUUCAAAAAAUUGUACAAAUAUGUAACUGGCGGCAUCAAAUGCUGGCAUGAUUUUAUAUCAUGCGUAUUUAUUGCUUUGUACGGCCUACACUCCAGAGAGUGGAUGAAUAUAUUCAGAGGAUGGAUGCAUACGUCAAUAAAAUCCUCAAGCCAA